AUGAUCAAUAAGAAUUUUUUUUUCGUUUAAUUUUGAAAAUUUUGACAACACAAUGAAAUUUGAAAUGAACAAUGGGAAUAAAAUUCCAAUCAUUGGAGUUGGUACCUAUCUAAUGAAAGAUGAACAUGAAUUGUCCCAAAUUAUUGGCGAAUCAUUACGAAUCGGGUACAGGCUUAUCGAUACCGCCGCUGUUUAUCGUAAUGAAACGAUAAUUGGAAAAAUUAUUUCCAAUAUUUCGUCGUACAAUCUGAAUAGAGAUGAUAUUUUCAUUACGACAAAAUUAAGUCCAGCUGAUCAAGGUCGUGAUAAAUGUAAAAAAGCUAUUAUGGAUUCACUUGAACGUUUGAAAUUAUCCUACAUUGAUCUUGUAUUGAUACAUUUUCCUGGUAGUAGUCGAUCAACACCUAAAAGUCCAAAAAAUCCUGAAAAUCGUCGUGGAAGUUGGCAAGAUCUGGAAGAAUUACAGCAAGCAGGAAUUGUGAAAAAUAUUGGCGUUUCUAAUUACACUAUAAGACAUUUAGAAGAACUUUUCGGUUAUGCUAAAAUCAAACCCGUUGUCAAUCAGAUCGAAGUACAUCCAUUGUUUCAUUCAAAAGAAUUGAUUGAUUUUUGUAAAAAACAUUCCAUCAUAGUGCAAGCUUAUUCAUCACUUGGAGCUCGUGAUGGUUGGCCAAUUUUAUCGACAAAUUUGACGUUGAAAAAAAUGGCCCAAAAAUAUGAGAAAACUGUUGCACAAAUUCUACUCAAAUGGGCUUUACAACAUGAUUUAUGCAUCAUACCGAAAACAUCCAAAGUUGAGAGAUUGAAAUCUAAUUUUCAAAUUUUUGAUUUCGAAUUAUCCAUCGAAGAUAUGGCCCAAAUUAAUGGAUUAAAUGAGAAUCAUAAAUUCUGUUGGGAUCCUGAACCUAUUCUUUGAGUCAUCCACUAUUUGAAUAGUGCCUUUGUUUUGGCAACAUAUGACCAAAACACACACAUGUGUUAUGAAGACGCGAAUUUUAAAUUUGUAUGAAGUUUUUUUUCUGAAAAAAAAAUAAA